AUGGAACACACCUUUAAUCCAAGAGCUCAAGAGGAAUUUCUUAGAAGUCCGUUAAAAUAUGAGAGAGCAGGAUUAGAGGAAAAUUCAUGUGUUUUCAAAAGUAUAGAGGAAAAGGAAAAGCCUUUUCAAAAAGAAUAUGCCUCCAAAAAAAAGGAAACUUUAGAAGAUUUCAUUCGUAAAAACAAAGUUCCAAAAAAAUCGUCUGGUCCAAAUUGUUUUUAUGCUAUAAAAAAGAUGAAUGCUAACGUGGAUAAUUUUUUACUUCGAAAAAUGAUACCCGAGUUUGAAGAUCCUGCUAAAAUACCUAAAACGUGCUGUGGCAUAUUCGCUCAAUUUUUGUCAGACAACUUAUGUUUUUUUAUACUUAUAAUGUUUGUAGUAGGUGCAAUUCUUGUUGCAUUUAUUGGUAACUGUGGCAUCCCUUGUGUUAUAGGUUUUACGUCGCUAAUAUCGGUGCCUACUAUAACAGGAUUAAUUCUUUUACAAAAGGUGUUGAAGAUAAAUUACAUGUACAAUUCCUGA